CCCUCAGAUGGCCACAGCGCCGUGGAUUCAACGAACGCUUUCAGCAAAUAUCGGAAUACUUGAACGCGCCAAGGGAGCCAGCCAGAGUGACAGUAGCGCUAGAUGAGAACGAAAAAGGGCGGUUAAUAGACUCAGGUCUUAAUUAUUUCAAUAGUUUCAUUGUUUCACAAGAGAACGGCAGCAUUUGCUAUUUUCCCAUUAUUACUUUAAUAUUCCGUGCUCUUACGGCGCAAUCCCAGUUAUUUGUGCAUGAACCCGGAGACGAUAACGCACUCCCAGCCUGCGCUGGUGAUGCCAUGCCCCGCAACCACAGCGGAGAUGAAGGCGGCUCUGGGCUCUGGAUGAAGACCUCUCCGGGGCACCGCGCUGAGGGGUAUGGAUUGAAGGAUGUGGAGUCCGGUCGAAGGAUGAUGAACAACUCGGCAAGGACGAGGGACGGCUUGCUGGCGGCCGCGUCUGGCUCUUCCGCGGCCACAACAGGUGCAGAAAACCUAAGGGGGAAACAGGGAGCCCGCCUGAGCCUGCUCGGGAAGCCGCUUAUCUACAGCGCGCAGAGCGGCCGGAGAAACGUGCGCUACCGGAGGCUUCAGAAUUACCUGUACAACGUGCUGGAGAGACCGCGUGCCUGGGCGUUCGUGUACCACGCCUUUGUGUUCAUCCUGGUGUUUGGCUGCCUGGUUCUGUCCGUGUUCUCCACCAUCCCUGCUCAUCAGGACCUGUCCUCCCACUGCUUACUCAUCUUGGAGUUUGUGAUGAUCGUGGUAUUUGGCCUGGAGUACAUUGUUCGCAUUUGGUCUGCUGGAUGCUGCUGUCGCUACAGGGGAUGGCAGGGUCGGCUACGCUUCGCCAGGAAGCCCUUCUGUGUCAUAGACAUCAUCGUGCUCAUCGCCUCGGUGGCCGUGGUGUCGGCCGGAAGCCAGAGCAACAUGUUCGCCACGUCGGCGCUGCGGAGCCUCCGCUUCCUGCAGAUACUGCGCAUGGUGCGCAUGGACCGGCGGGGCGGCACCUGGAAGCUGCUGGGGUCAGUGGUCUACGCGCACAGCAAGGAGCUGGUCACUGCCUGGUACAUCGGAUUCCUGGUUCUUAUCUUCUCCUCCUUCCUGGUGUACCUUGUGGAGAAAGAGUUCAACAAAGAGUUCGCCACAUACGCAGAUGCACUGUGGUGGGGAACGAUCACCCUCACCACCAUCGGCUACGGGGACAAGACGCCCCAGACCUGGACCGGCCGGCUGCUCUCGGCGGGGUUCGCCCUCCUGGGCAUCUCAUUCUUCGCCCUCCCAGCGGGCAUUCUGGGUUCGGGCUUCGCUCUCAAGGUUCAGGAGCAGCACCGGCAGAAGCACUUUGAAAAGCGGAGAAACCCGGCUGCCAGCCUCAUCCAGUGUGUUUGGCGUAGUUAUGCGGCUGAUGAGAACUCGGUUUCCAUUGCUACCUGGAAGCCUCAUUUGAAGGCGUUGCAUACCUGCAGCCCUACAAAGAAAGACCAGGGGGAGUCCUCUACAAGUCAGAAGCUGAGCUUUAAGGAGCGUGUGCGGAUGGCCAGCCCCCGUGGUCAGAGCAUUAAGAGCCGACAGACGUCGGUGACUGACCGACGAUCUCCGGGUGCCGACAUCAACACAGAGGGAACCAGCCCGGCCAAGGUGCAGAAGAGCUGGAGCUUCAAUGAUCGCACCAGGUUCCGCCCCUCACUGCGACUCAAGAGCCAAUCCCGGACCACUCCUGAUGCUGACACCAACCUGGGCGCAGAGGACGGCUUCGAUGAGAAGGGCUGCCACUGUGAGAUCUCAGUGGAGGACCUAACGCCGCCCGUCAAGUGCGUCAUCAGAGCGGUCAGGAUAAUGAAGUUCCAUGUGGCAAAGAAGAAGUUUAAGGAGACGCUGAGGCCGUAUGACGUGAAGGACGUGAUCGAGCAGUACUCUGCCGGACACCUGGACAUGCUGUGCCGGAUCAAGAGCCUGCAGACCCGCCUGGACACCAUCGUGGGUCCGCAGCAGACCCUGAGCAGCAGAGCCAAGACCUUUUCCUCCCCCUCUCUACACUUGUAUUACAGCCAGCAUGGGAGGAAGCACUCUGCCACGGGAGUGGACCAAAUACUGGGCAAGGGCCAGAUUCCCGUGGACAAGAAAGUCAGGGACAAGCUCCUGUCGGACAGUGACACAAUGGAGGACGUCAGCAUGCUGGGACGCGUGUGCAAAGUGGAGCGGCAGGUCCAGUCCAUUGAAUCCAAGCUGGACUCUCUGUUGGACAUCUAUAGGCAGGUGCUGCGCAAGGGCUCCUCCUCAGCCCUGACGCUGUCCUCCCUCCCCUUGUUUGAGCUGGAGCAGACCUCGGACUACCCGAGCUCCAUCCUGAGCAAAGACCUGUCCUGCUCCACUCAGGUGAGCGGGGGCUGCGUGUCUCGCUCCACCAGCGCCAACCUGCCCCGGGGCCUGCACCUGAUCCUGGCCCCCAACGAACUCAGCCUCAACCUGAACAACUCCCCCGCCGGCUUCCCGCCGUCGUCGUCCUCCUUCACCCCUUCGCCCCUGCCCCACGGGCAGCCCCCCACCCCCGAGAGCAACUCCACCAACACCCCCCCUCCCAUCCUCACGCCCAACAACCUGUCCGGGAACCCCUUCCCCAGCCUGGCCAGGCCUCCGCCUCCGCCCCCGCCAUCCGCGCCAGCCGCGCUGCAGCCCACCCCCGCGCCCCCAACCCCCGGCGCCGCCCCCGUCGCCUCCCAGGAUGGCGCGGUGGCCCACCCGGCGGCCGUGGAGGCGGGAGGGGAUGCCAGUCACGCCCGGGGCGGGGUGCAGCUGAGGAGCAAGCCCAGCGCCAAGGAGGAGGGCUCCUGGAGGAGACACCUGAGCCUGGAGGCCAAGCUGCUAGUGCCCCUGUCCCCUGCGGUGGCGGUGCCCGCCAGCGGCCUGGGCAAGUCCCUGUCAGUACAGAACCUCACGCAGCACGGCGCAGACUACCACCCCAACGUGUCGCCCAGUAGCAGCAGCAACGACUCCAGCGGCGGCAUCCCCGGGGGCGGCUGGGGCGAGGAGGAGCUCUUCAUCAGCGACAGGGACCUGGACGCCCGGCAAGGGGGCGGCUUUGACUUCCUGUCACAGCCCACGGCGGAUGUCGCCUUCUCGGCGGAGCUCCUGAGGACUGGAGCAGGCGGGUCCUCCCACAGCCUGGCCAACAUUCGGACCUCUGCCGGCAGCUCCGAGUCUCUGAACAUGCCCCACGUGAGGCUAAAAUAGACAGACAUGCUGAACUCUC